UUUUGUUUGAGUGAAGAAAAGAACAAUGACAAGAACGAUUCACUUUGCCGCAUUACUACUCCAUUCACUCUCACCGUCUCCUUUAUUCCACCCAAUGCCACAUUCAUCUUGUUCAUGCAUACAAUCAAUCAAACACUUUUCCAUCGGCGACCUGCACUUGUCGAGUCGCUACACGUGUUGGGCAGACGCAGUAGGGGCUCGUUCUCGGUUGACGUCACACUCCAUCACCCACCGCUGCAUUGGCCGAGUGGCCAUUGCUUGCAUCGCUUACCUCAUCAAACCCCUGGGCUGACCGUUGACUUUUGGGUUCGUCGGCUCAGCAAGUACUUUCCACUUGGGUUCAUCAAGCACAAUCAUCAUGAAAAAGACUGAAAGAAUUCAGCCAUGAUCAUUCGAGUUCAGUGCGUUUUGUCACCGGCACUUUUGCGAAUCACUCUUUGUCGAUGAGACGCCGCCGUGGUUUUUGUGGUCAGGUAUACAGUUCAAUGCUGGUUUGAUUGUUAGCGCGGUUCUUGAGACAGGGGUCUGCAAAAAUACACAGAAAAACAACAGGAUAACCA